UAAUUAAUAAAUCGUAUCACAUAUCAAGUUUAAGACAUUUAUACUUUAAGCUAAAAUUAUGACGACUUCCAGAGAUUUCACGGACAAAGUAGUGUUGAUCACCGGCUCCAGCAGUGGUAUCGGUGCUGUCACUGCCAUAGAGUUCGCUCGACUCGGGGCUCAAGUGGUGGUCACCGGUCGCGGGAAGGAUAGGGUGUCCACUGUGGCCAAACAGUGCGCUGAGGCGUCGCCUACCGGUGCUAAAGCCCUGGAAGUGGUGGCCGAUGUGACCAACGAUGACGACUGUCGCCGAUUAGUCUCAGACACUAUUAAGACGUUCAAAAAGUUGGACAUUUUAGUGAACAACGCGGGUCGGGGGUUAGUGUCGAACAUAUGGGACGAGGAUAUCCUCGAUAAGUAUGAGCUCAUUAUGAACACAAACCUCCGGUCAGUCGUAUGGUUGACUCACUUAUGUGUCGAGCAUUUGGAGAAAACUAAGGGUAAUAUCGUUAACGUGUCGAGCAUUGCGGCACUUAAACCGGUAGGGUUCAUUAAUUUGUAUUCAAUGUCAAAGUCGGCGCUGGAUAUGUUCACAAAGUGCGUAGCGCUCGAGUUGGGCCCCAAAGGCAUACGGGCUAACAAUAUCAAUCCCGGUGUCGUUAAGACCGAGGCCAUCAUAAUCAGUCGUAAUGUGACUAAAGAGAAAUCCGAUGAAAUAUAUGUAGAGAUGGCCAAGAUGUGUCCGAUGGGACGGGUGGGUGAGCCCAUGGAUGUGGUUAAAGCCGUGUUGUAUUUGACGUCCGAUGUCGCGUCGUUUGUGACCGGAUCCAACUUUGUGGUCGAUGGCGGCGCCCAAUGUGUCUAACCCUCAUGUUUAUCGAUUUGCGGCCAUGUCUUAUUUAUUGUCAUUAUAACCUAGAUAAAUUUAAUCAAGAAUAAUAUUUAUGGAAUUAUUAACGAAUUUGUUUUGAAUUAAAAGUUUCUAUACUGUAUGAACGAGUGUGCAAUGUUACCUUAGCAUUUAAUAAUUUUA